AUGGCUCUCCCUGAAACGCACCCUGCGGAUGCUUCAUUGUUUUCUAGCAAUGACCCACCUCUCAAUCUACCUCCUUCCGACAACAACAUCGACGACAGCGACAGCUUUGAUGAUGAGGACCCUGAGAAUGAGACGCACUAUACUGUCGACAAUGAGGGCAAGACAGGCUUGGAGGAACAACAGCAACAAAAGAAGGAAAUUGCCAAGGAUGAAACCCGGAUGGUUGGAAGGAUGCGAUUGAUCUUGUUGCUGGUUUUGGUAGCUUGUGUCAUUGUAGUUUCUCUAGCAGUCAACUUUUAUGUCAAGAAUGAAGAAAACAGCGACUUCGAAACCGAAUUCUUCAGUGAUGCCAACAAGGUCAUUGAAGGGAUUAGCGGUAGUUUGGAUAUCACCCUUGGUGCCGUUGACGCUUAUGCCAGCAAGAUGGUGGGUUUAACGAAAGUUGACAAUGGAGGAGACGUUUCCGAAACGACAAUCGUUGACAACGUCAAUGCCAACACUACUAGUACUAGUAGUGCAAUUCCCACCAGCUUCCCAUCCCGAUUCCCCUUUGUCACAGUACCUGGCUUUGGUGUCCAGGCAGCCAAGAUGAUCAAACUCAGCAGGGCGGCGCAAUUCAUCGUUGCCUUGAUUGUCACUGCGCAAGACAGAGAGGCCUGGGAUGCCUAUUCCGUGCAAAACACUCAGUGGAUGUAA